CAAUAAGCGAAAAAGUACUAACCAGCAAAAAUUGCAAUGAGAUCCACAAUUUCUACUUGAUUCAAGGAUAAGAUAAUCUUUAUACAUACAUAUUUUUUGAUCAGAUUCGCUAUUUUCUAGCUACCAUUAACAUUAAAAAGAAAAAAAAAUAAAAUAAAAUAAAAUAAUAAAAAAAAAGGAAAAAUGAGAUCAGAGCAAAUCGCAAAGCACAUUGACGACGCCGAGAUCUACCAUGGCGAGGCCAUCUGCAAGCAAAAGUCCCGCCAGCUCCUCCAAGACAUGUCUCUGCCCCAGGGGCUCCUCCCCUUAAACGACGUCGUGGAGUUCGGCUUCAACCGCACCUCCGGCUUCGUCUGGCUCAGGCAGAAGACCACCAAGGAGCACCAAUUCCGUGCUAUUGGUCGCAGCGUUUCUUACGACACCGAAGUCAUGGCCUUCGUGGAGGAGCGUCGGCUAAGGAGGCUCACUGGAGUGAAGAGCAAGGAACUCCUCAUCUGGGUCACCAUUUCCGACAUAAUAGUCAAUGACUCCGAUCCCACCAAGAUCACCUUCUCCAAUCCCACUGGCAUCUCCAAGACAUUCCCGGCCUCGGCGUUUGAGCUCGACGACGAUGACAAUGGCGCUGCUCGGAGAAAAUGAAAGCUCGGAGCUUUGGUCUACAGGGAAUUGUUACGAGGGUUUGAAUUUUCCAAUGUCAUUGACCCCAAAAAAAAAAGUCAAUUUUUUUUUUUUUGAAAUUUUUUUAUUUUAUAAAAAUUUAUAUUGUUUGGGUGUAAUAUCUUUCGUUUUACGGUUUUGUUUGUCUAUUGCUUCUUAAUAUU